AUGGGAUGCGCGGACGGUUAUCUUAUCAUUGAUCGUAUGUUAGAUUUCUCGGAACUUGUUGAUAAGGUAUUAAGUGUGAUCGGAGUUGAUAGAGAAGGGCUUUAUAUUGAUUUUUCUUUGGUAUGGACGGAGAGGUCAGGAAAAAGGUAUCGUGUGCACAUUAAUGAUGAUAAUACUGUUCGGUUCAUUUAUCUUUGUGCUGAUAAAUGGCCAGAAUUGUACCCUGAAAAAGUUGAGAGAACAGACCAUGUUUAUGCAAGUACAUCUGGCCAGGAUAUUGGUGCCAGCACUAGUGGUGGUAGAACAGUUGAAGACAAUGAAGAUGGAGAUGAAGAUGGAGAUGAAGAUAAAGAUGAAGAUAAAGAUGAAGAUGCAGAUGAAGAUGAAGAUGUCGGGGGUGUCGAAAGCAGUGAUGAUGAGUACGUCCCAUCGGAUGAGGACUCGAGAUGA